UAAAUGAACUAAAAUGCUUUUGAGCGGAUUUUUGGCACUAGUGAUUAUCCUACUUAUUGUCAUAUUGGUAUUCGGCGACUCUCCGAGUUUCAGAGGCUCAUGGAUCCAAAAGGCCCGCUUGGUUUUUCUCCGGUACAACUCUCGUGCUUUGGGACACAUCAGCUCCCUCAAUCACCCGCUAUUCAAUUGGCUGGUACCUAUCUUUUAUAUCGGUACAUUAUCCUUCUGCUUGUUCCAGUUCUUUUCAUGCACCUGGAAACUAGUUCCGGCUGUCAUAAAAUAUAGCUUUGUGCACCAGAUUUCCAUUGCAUUCACCAUUGCAUCAGUGUACUUUACCACCCUCGUGUGCGUAGUAUCGAAUCCAGGUGAAGUGCACAAGUACAAUGUACAAACCGCCAACAGCAAGUUCCACCACAACGACAUCAUAUACUUCAGGAACAACUUCUGCCGCACCUGCAAGUUCGAGAAACCCGCCAGGUCAAAGCACUGCUCUACGUGUGGGAACUGUGUGAUGAUGUUUGACCACCAUUGCAUCUGGAUCAACAACUGUGUGGGGUACUACAACUACCGAUACUUCAUCCUAUGGCUUGUGUCAAACCUCACUAUUUUGGCAUACGGCGCAUACAUAAUGGCACAGGUGAUACCGCCACGGCAACUUGCUCACAGCAUCAAAAUCGAUAGAGACCAUAAAAUUACCGGAUGCUUGAUGAUCCUCUGCGUGAUCUUCGACAUGGUGGUGGCAGUAUUCACAGGACUACAAUUUCGGUACAUAUACCUUGGUAUCACCACGAAUGAGCUAGAUAAAUGGGGUGAAAUAGAGUAUUUGGUCCAGAUUUCUUCUUUAUACAAGAGAAACGGUGAGUAUUUGGAGUUGGUGGAUAACCAGCUUAUCAACAUGCAGAACACACAAGUGUUCCCCUUCUACAAUGAUGCCGUCAAGGUGUCUAGUGUGGAAGAGAUAGACAAUAUUUAUGACCAGGGGUUCAAGCGUAACUUCCAUGAAAAGUUUUUUCCCCAGUAUAUGGGUUAGACAUUAAUACAAGAAACGACGUUUAAAAGAUGCAGCACAGAUUGUACCACAUCGGACACAGUAGAAUAAAAGUGGCGUGAGUGACAAAGGGUAUAACCUAUUUGUUUAGAAGUAUUUAAAGAAGAACAAGU